AUCAACACGCUGUUGGAUUUGACAGUGGAACAAGUGCAAUUCCAGUUUGAAGAAAUACUUGGUUUGAAGAACUACCAGACGUGUCUGAAGGAGGCUUCCCGGUUGGACUACUUUGUCUCUGGCUUCUGGUGGACCAGGGAGAUGAACUACACCUGUCAACAGAUCUCAUUCAUCAUGGCUCUACUGCAAUUGUUACUGGACAACAUCAGUGAGAAGCAGAUGCCGUUUGUUGAUAACCUGAAUGAGUUGGCCAAGAUGAUAUCAGGAACGCGCCAGUCUCCUUCUCCAGAGGUCGACUCACUGUUUGAUGCUGAGCAGGCCAUGUCCAUCACUGACUACCUGAAGUGCAGUCUCUUUCAGAACUACCAACUCUAUGAGUUUCUCUUCAGCCAACCUAGAGAGGAGCUGCUCCUUGGGAAGAAGAGGACCAUAGAGGUGAUCAGCUCAGCAGACUUUGUAGCCCCGUUGGAAGAAGGCAUGAAUACUGAUGACUACCUCCAUUACAUGACUCCUGUUGAACAGCAGGAAGAGGGACAGAGGACCAGCCAGGAGGAGGAUGGAGAGGUACCAGGUGAAACAGCUCUGGAGCAGGAGAAGGAGAACAAGGCUACAUGGUUGGAAGGAUACAACGUUCAGGAUGUCAAAGACGUGCUGGGAGACCUGACCAAAGAGAUGCUGGGAACCCUACAG